AGGUUGGGGGAGCUAAGGUUGCCAAACUUAUGGAGGGAGUGUACAUCAAAUUUAUUUUCAUUUUGUAUUUUUGGAGCUUCUCUGUGAUCCUUGUAUGUCGUCUUUAUUAGUAACCGGUGCAAUAUCUUUUAACGAUGGGUGUAACACAAUAACUUAGCUAUUCCAAUCCAGGAUACAAACCCCGGAUAAUGGAUAAACAUUUUCCGGUCGUAGCUAGACAAAGUUGGAAUAUAAAUCUGAGAAUAUUUAACCACCAACACGGGUUAACACUGCACCAGCCAAUCAUACACAAGGCAUAUUUUGCUAAAUUGGAAACCUCUUCGAUAAGAAAAUAUUUUGAAAAGUUUCAGCGAUUAAGGAAAAGUCAGCAAGUUUAUACGUAGAGAUUAUCUCGACUGUCUUCUUAAAUCAAUUGAACAAUAACUAUACGGACGUUUUUCGCUAAGAUAAACCAUACAUAAAGGGAUAAAGCAACACUGAAUAUUCCGGCACACAUCCUGGAGGAAAAAGCGAAUGCAUAAAUUAAGAUGGUGUGAUGUUAAGCCAUUGAAGCUGGAAGUGUUAAUUAACGCAGUUCAUUAAUAUUCAUAAAGACGUAACUAAUAGAAUAUCCCAGCCCCGGAUACGAACGAAGGUUGGAUGAAAUUUAAAUACUCGGAUCCUAGAGCUUAGAUUUCAAGUUGCAAUCAGACUGUGUUGGUGCUUUCUCCGAUUUGAUUGCAUUCAGUGAUUAAGAGUCGGGGAUUGAGGAUGCAACGACGCUGGACUGCGCUGGACCUAUAACAAAUCACAUCUAUUUUACUAAUUCUACAGACGAUAGGAUUAACGUAACCGGCGAUCAACCUGAUAUACAUCUACAGAGAGCAUUGGAUUUAUUUUAGAACACGGAGCAAGAUUGUUAUGAAUUUAUGUUAGGAACGAACUCUGUAUGUAACUGAAAAAGAAGCUGAUUUCAAGAUAUAAGAGCUUAAUAUAAUGAACCCGGUUGAAACAGUUCCGAAGAUGUGGCGCGUCUACGUUGGAAUUUUACUUCUGACUCUAUGCAUUGUGGAGAAAGUACAUUCAAAUACUUGGUGGUAUGUUGGUAUGGUGAGCUCUGCACAAUUGCAACGUGGUCCAGAUGAGGUGCGAAGUAGGGACCCUCGGUUUUUGAAAUGUCGCAGUAUGACCUUCCUCAACACCAAGCAACGAGACCUAUGUCUCAAGUCCCGUAAUCUCCUACCAGUCAUCAGUAACGGCGCUGAGAUAGGACUUGCAGAAUGCAAAGACCAGUUCUCAACACGGCGGUGGAACUGCACCACCUUUCCAAACGCAACCAAUGUAUUUGGCAAAGUCCUUGUUAGAAAAGGACGGGAGAAGGCUUAUAUAUUUGCGAUAUCAUCCUCUGGUGUGAUGUUUGCAGUAACAAGAGCCUGUGCCAAGGGUGUCUUAGGCAUAUGUGGUUGUGAUACAAGUAUACGAAAGAAAGAUACAGAGGGAGAUUUCAAAUGGGGUGGAUGCUCGCAUAACAUAAAAUAUGGAGACAAGUUCACGAAAGAAUGGGUUGAUGCACAGGAAGUCAGAUUGACAAAAGAUGGCCUAAUGAACACCUGGAAUAAUGAGGCCGGAAGAAAGGCAAUCAAGGCCAGCACAAAGCUAAUAUGUAAAUGUCACGGCAUAUCAGGCUCAUGUUCUCAAAAGAUCUGCUGGAGAUCUAUGGGAAAUUUCAAAGAGGUCGGAUCAAUUCUAAAAGAAAAAUUUGAUGGAGCAAGCCAGGUUAAAUUCAGCAAAAAGAAAAACAGGCUGCUACCCAUUGGGAAAAACCAGAAAAAGCCAACAAAGAAAGACUUAGUUUAUAUUGAUGAUUCUCCUGAUUUUUGUGAAUAUAACCCUGAAACUGGGUCAUUAGGCACCAAGGACAGACUGUGUAAUAAGUCAAGCCAAGGUCUUGAUGGAUGUGCCCUCAUGUGCUGUGGGAGGGGCUACCAUACAAUUGUCAGAACAGUUUCUGAAGAAUGUGACUGUACAUUCUUCUGGUGCUGUAGGGUGGUGUGUAAAAAAUGCCAAUCGAGAGUGGAGGAACAUUUCUGUAAUUAAACCAUGUCUUUAGAUUAUACAUUCUGGCUUACUGAAGAUAUUGGAGAAAGGUCGAAAAAAUGGCAAUGGCUAUUAUACUACGCAAAACCUUUCUAUAAUCAUUUAUACCAAACUGUAUAUACUAGAGCCAUCUUGCAAUAUAGUUUGCAUACAUAAAUGAUACUGUCAUACUGAGUAAUAUCAUUUUACUCUAAAGGGCAAAAAAGUCUUUGAAAUUUUGACAAAAACAUAAUCAGAGUGAUCAAAAGUAAAAAAACACAUUUUCUAUUGAUUGCAUGAUGAUGUAUGUCAUACAACAUUAUAGAAAUCUAUAAAUAUCAAUACAGGUACUUUUAGCAGAUGAAAUUAUUGUAUAGAAAAUUGAACCUGCUCUGAGAUCAAUUAUACCUUGAAAUGGUUAGAUAUUACAAUACAAACAAUAUUAUCUUCCAAUGUUCUACAUUAUCAAACAAUGAAAUGAAUAGAUAUAUGUUGAGCAGACCAUAUAAGGAAAAGGGCAAUGCAAACAAUAUUAUCUUCCAAUGUUCUACAUUAUCAAAC